GAACUCUCUGUCUCUCUCCCGCCUCCUCCGAGACGCCGCCUCUUCCGUAGGUAGAGAAGAGUUUAAAACCAAUCUUGAGACGCGGGACACUUCAUAAAAGGGACAGUGCGUCGUUUUCACGGACUCGUAGUGGACAGGAACUGACGGAGAGCAAGAACGUCUUUAUUGGGAAUACCCGCGGAGUUUAUGUUGAGUAGUUUUUGAGAUUCACAAGACAAUAAAAAUGAAAUCUCCAAAGUUGAAGUCUCAAGGUAAAUUUAUUUCAGCUACAUUCCUUGAGGAGGAGGAUGAUCUGUCUGACGUGCUGUGUGAGUUUGACGCGGUGAUCGAGGAUUUUACGUCCCCGGUGGAGAAAAGACACUUCCGCUACGACGAGCACCUGAAGACAGCGAAGAGACGCAGCAGCGCCAGCGUCAGUGACAGCGGCAUCAGCGACUCGGAAAGUGCUGAGUCACUCAACAGAAACAGCUUCAGUUUCAGUGAUGAGAGAUUGAACUCUCCCUCCCCCACCACUCCCCCAUCUCUGAUGUCACCCAAAGCUAAACUGGGAGACACUAAAGAACUGGAGGACUUCAUUGCUGACCUUGACAAGACGUUAGCCAGCAUGUGACAUAGAGCCCAAUAAAAGUGACAGAGACCCUUUUUGGAGAGUUGCCAUCGAGAGGAGAGGACUCCCUGUCCAGACACCAAGGCGCCCCCCCCAACAAACACACACACACACACACACACACACACACACACACACACACACACACACACACACACACACACACACACACACACACACACACACACACACACACACACACACACACACACACACACACACACACACACACACACACUCCAGGAGUGACAGGGACAGUCAAAGUGGCUGUCAGAAGUACUGAACAACUUCAUCUCAAGGCUGCGUCCCAAUAGUAUAAGACAGCGUCAUCUCCUCAUCUCAUUUCCUCUUCCUCAUCUCCUUUCCUUCAUGAGCUGAUCUGAUUGUACUGGACAGGUUAAAUAGGUUUGUUUACACAGUUAGAAUGGGCAAAUGUGAAAUAACACCUCAUGUCCUAUUGCACUAUAUAACAUUGGGUAUUAUUUUUGACACAGCCCUAGUUUAUAAACUUUUGCAAAUCAUGGAGGAGACUAGGGGAGGAUAUUAGGAAGGAGGUUAAGGAAAUUAAGCUUUGUAAAAGUAUUGGGACACUGUCAGACAGACAAACACCAUCUCACAUACUAUGCGUCCUUUAUACAAAACUUGAGCUGGAAGAGUAUUUAAGAAAUGGCUUUUUAUAAUAGAAGUAUAUUUGUAAUUUUAUAGAGCUGGUCAUUGUACAUUUAUCACUAAUACUUGUUUGUGAUAUAUAUUUUUGUAUCUAUAUGUAAAUAAUAAUUGUUUCAGAUUCUGUUGCAUUGGCAUUAAAAAGCUUAUAUGAUGGG